UGCUGGAUAAUACGUGUAGGAAGAGUGAACGAAAUGGACGAGGAUCAUCGACAGAGGCUUCUAGACAGAGAACUGUAUCAAAUCGAACAAAUAAGGCAGCUUGAUUCGGAGGAAUUGGAGAUCGAAGAGGUUGAACAUGGCCACCAAUCAUCUGAUGACGAUCCAUACGAUGACCGUGCAUAUGGUUCGGCUUCUGGAUCUGGUGGUUAUACUUUCAAUACUUCUUUGGCUUCUUUGCAUUCUUAUCUUGGUGAGGUUGAAGAUACUCAUAAUAGGCUGGCUUUCUUGGAUGGUGGUGUCAUAUUACAUGUACCGCUAUUUUAUCUUGAAGGUGUAGUUUUGUUUCCAGAGGCGACUCUUCCACUGAGAGUAAUUCAACCAAAUUUUAUAGCUGCUGUGGACAGGGCACUGAGACAAGCAGAGGCUCCUCACACCAUAGGGGUGGUUCGUGUUUAUAGGGAUGGUGACAAUGGGACAAUAAGAUUUGCAACUACCGGGACUACGGCUGAGAUUCGGCAGUAUCGGCGAUUGGAGGAUGGUUCGAUAAAUGUAGUUACUCGUGGCCAGCAACGGUUUCGAUUAAGACGACGGUGGAUUGAACUUGGAGGAGCACCAUGUGGUGAGAUCCAAAUCAUCGAAGAAGACUUGCCUUUAAGGACUCCACGAGAUGCCGUUGGACAACUCGCACCAUUAAGGAACUUGUCUGCAGCCAAUGCUUCUCAUUCUAAGCUACUAGUUCGCGGGAAUCAGGACCAUGAUUCAGAUGCAUCAUCAGAUGAUAGUUUCGAGAGCAAACUAUCGUUAACUGAACGCAGAUUGCAUAGUUCUGCACUCGUUUCUUCUUAUCCUCAUGAUUUGUUAGGUGAGUCAACAAGUAGCGAUGAUGACAGGCUGAUGUGUGAACCAGAGCUUCAAUUGGAAAACUCACUUCAGUCAUUACAUUCCGUCAAGAACAGAAGUCAUGAUGAUGGCUUAAAGGGGCAUGAGAUGAAGCGUCUGUCUGAUAUGCCUUUCAGAGGGGCAAAACGGAGAAAUCACUCCAUACACCGAUUAAGGGAAUGUCCACGAGCUUAUUGGCCCUAUUGGGCUUAUCAGAUGUACGACUCGUAUUGUCUUGCUCAACGAUUAUCAGAUAUGUGGAAAAAGAUAGUAGGGACACCUAGCAUGGAUGCACUUGUGAGGAAACCAGGUCUUCUUUCUUUUCAUGUUGCAAGUAAGAUUCCUGUGUCUGAAUCAACAAGACAGGAGCUUUUGGAGAUAGAUGGAAUUUCUUAUCGGUUACGGCGCGAAAUUGAGUUGCUCGAGAAUUUUGACCGGAUCAAAUGUAGAAGUUGUCAGACCGUGAUUGCGAGCCGUAGUGAUAUGUUGGUGAUGUCUACUGACGGGCCUCUCGGCGCUUAUGUGAAUCCGAGUGGCUAUGUGCACGAAAUAAUGACACUCCUUAAAGCAAGCGGAUUGGCACUUAUUGGGAUUCCGACCGAAGAGUAUAGCUGGUUUCCCGGAUAUGCAUGGACAAUAGCGUAUUGUGCAACUUGUGAAUAUCAAAUGGGAUGGCUUUUCACUUCGACAAACAAGAAACUGAAGCCUCGAUCGUUUUGGGGCAUACGGAGUUCACAAGUGGCAGACGACAUGCAUUAAAACGAUACUCGAUAUUCAACCGUGUUUUGCCAUUCGCAUGAUUGAUGAUGCAUCAAUCACAACUUGUAUGAUUUUGUUUUUAAUCCGUUUUUUUGUUCUACUUUUUAUGUUGGUUUCUUUCUUAUUUUCAAGAGUUGAUGUUACCACAAGUAUGUAUUUUCCUAGUUUUGUAGCAUUUACCCAUGUUGACUUUUCGCGUUUUAACUCCCUUAAUUUGUUGCCACUUUGAAGAAAAUAGGUGCAUGUAACGUACACCGG